UCGCCCAAAAAAAUGGCAGACCGCUCGUAUCGAUUGUGUCGUUUUUCGGUGCAAAAUCAUGUAUAAUUCAAUUGAAAGUGCCCGAAAUCGAGAUGAAACAGUUUCGCUAAAGCAUUCGGCGAUGAUAUCUCAAAGUGCGUUGUAAAGAUCGUGUCCUCCAUCAAAAAACACGAAAGCCCUUCGCCCGACACAACAACAACAACAACCGUGUGUGUGUGCCAAUUGUGCACAAAUUACCGCUGAACACUGAAACGGUACUUGUGUGCUGGCUGGAAUAUUGGAAACAUCCGUUAGCAGCUCCAAUUUUGGCCAAUCUACAACACACACACACAGCCUGACUUUGUGAAACGGUGCCCAGCUUCCCUUCCCAGUUCCAAAUGUCGCAGAGUGCACCGAGACGGCAUCCUCCCAGUGGCAAUGUCGAGGUCAGCAGCAUGUCAGCCAAGUUUGUUGACACCGAGUGGGAGGCGCGGGAGUCUCAGCGCCAGCGCGAACUGGAGGAAGCACGCGCACGGGCCGCCCAGAUGGAGAAAACGAUGAAAUGGUGGUCCGACUGUACAGCCAACUGGCGCGAAAAGUGGAGUAAGGUACGAACCGAACGCAAUAAGGCCCGCGAUGAGGCGAAACAGCUGCGCAGCAAUCUGGAGGCGGCCAUCAAAGAGUCCAACUCGUACAAGCGGGAAAAGUGCGAGCUGGAAAUGCAAAUCACACAGCUCAAGAAGGAGAUGGAAAAGGUGCACACGCUCAUGAUGAAGCAUGCGGGCCGGUUCAACAAAGCCUCCCUGGACGCAGCGGACGAACCGGACCGUGAUGGGCGCGGUGACAACAACUGUUCGCCAGACAUCUCGUCCGACGGGCUGAAGAACGUCAACAGCGAGGAUGGUUUGGUGACGAAGCUGCCGAACCUACCGGACGACGGUGCCGGUGUGCCGGUGGCCGCCAGCGCGAACGCCGAUCUCGACAUCGAGGAGUACAUCCUACAGGGUGGCGCCAUGCCGAAACAUUCCGUAGAGUUUAAGGACAAGAGCGAACAGAUGGCGGAAGAGCGUCGGCUCAUCCAGCAGCUCUCGAAGGACGACUACGACGAGGACUAUCUGCUGCAGAAGAUCACCAUGCUGCAGCUCCGGCUGGACGAUGCGCAGAAAACGAUUCAGAUCGAGCGGGAGGAGAAAAACGCCGUGCAUCGCAACCUGGAAAAGACACGCCAGGACAUGCAGGAGCUGCGCGACAAGUGUGAGGAGCUGCGGGCAGCGAAACAGGAUGCCGUGCGCGAGCUGCUGACGCUCCAGGAGCAGCACCGGGUGGAGAUGCGCAUCACGCAUAACUCGCUGCAGGAAGAGAGUAUCGCACGGGAAACGCUGGAAAGACGGCUGUGCGAGCUGCGAACCGAGCUGGAGCGACUGCAGGCGGAAAAUGCGGCCGAGUGGGGCAAACGGGAGCGGCUCGAGACGGAAAAGCUCAACAUGGAGCGGGAAACGAAGAAGCUGCGGGCGGAGUGCCAAGAUUUGCAGGAACGGUUGGAGCGCAAGGGACGUCCGCUGGUGAACAGUGACGUGGAGCUUCGCUCCCUGCAGCAGGAACUGCUCGAAAAAAAUAAGGAGCUUAGUGACAUUCGUCAUUCACACAGCAAAAUGAAAAAGAUGCUGUCGGAGGCAAACACCGAGCUCGGUCAUGCGGUACGUCGAGCGGAGCAGUACGAAACGGAGGUCAAACGGUUGCGAUCGCGUGUGGAAGAGCUAAAACACGAGCUGGCCUCCGCGGAGGACGAGCUCGAUGCCGCCUGCAAUCACGUGCGUCGGCUGCAGCGCACCAACGAGGAACUGAGCGGUCAGACUGAAGGCUUGCAGGUGCAGAUACAGCAUCUUCAGACGAGUGGCAGUCCCAAGCAGCACGAGGCGGGCAACUAUAAGGCCACCAACCGUUCAAACUACACCGCCAACGUGAGCUACAAACCAAACAUUAACGAUCUGAAGCAACUGUUUGACAAUUCAGCGUCACGACAGUUUGGCGAUCGUGACCGCGCUGGAGCCGUCGGCGGUGGUGGUGGUCCAUCGAAAUCGUCCGGCCUACCCGUACGCGAGCAACCAGCGUCCCUUUCGUCCAGCGUUAACCCACAGCAACCCCCAUCGUACAUCCCACUCUCAUCCGGCUCCUAUUACGAUGCCAAACCGAGCUACAUCGAUCACGAUGUUCCAUCGCCCCCGUCGCUCAACAACAACAAGUACGAGUUCGAACGUGCCAAGCAAAAGUUCGACAAUAUAACGCGUGCGGCGGCAGCCGCCAGCAAUCCCGGCGGCCACAAGACGCGCGCCUCCUCGGGUGGUAAUGGGCAGCCAUCCUCCAAGCAGCACAACGCUGCCGGUGGAUCGGCCAUACCGAAACGAAACACUUCCUCCAGUGGACCGGUUUCGUCGUACUACGAGCCGAAUGUAUUCCCCAGCGGUGGUGCCAAUGGCCGGGCAGCUCAGCAUGCAGCCGAUGAUAUGCCACCGACGAAGAUUCAGAGCCACAUCAACGAAACGAUACAGCUGUUCGACGUUAGCCCGGGUGCGUACGAUCAGUCGCCGAGUGCAAACUGUCCUCCACCGAGGGGAAGUAUGGGACAGCAACAGCCCCACAAACCGAUCAACAUUGGCAAGAUGAACGAUGUCAAUCUGGAUGGGUUAAAGGUAUCGGAAGACGAUGAAACUCCGUAGCUCGCACGGCUCGACCAGUCUCCUUUCGGCCAACGAAGAUAAUAGCGAUAAUGAAUGAUUUGUUAAGCGACUUGACUGGACGACUGGAGGACCGAUGGGAAUACAACGACACACAUACUCUCAGGCAAGAACGACACAAUGGUACAGGAUAUAAUCGUCCCAACAUUGCCACUUGGGCCACAGUAUUACCCAAGAAGUCUUACAUACAUCAUCCACUACUGGUAUGCUCUCUAAAUGAAACCCCAAUUAAGCAGAUGCAAACGACACUUAGGUUCAGUCGUAAACUCGUAAUACUCUCGUAGAUACUGUAGCAGAGACCUCAGUACUUAUGCGGUAGCGAUAACGAAACAAGUAUUAAUCACGCAAACGAUGAUUCCUCAUCAAAAUUUACUUCGGUUUUCUAUUUCCUUACUACCCAGCAAUAUGGUGUAAACUCUCCAACAAAACAUAUAGUACAACAGCUCGUCCCCAGUUUUAGAGAGUUACAGAUCAUAGGUUAUUUAUAUCCCUUGGAACAGAAAAGUAUUGCCAAUACGCAGUUAGCUCACAGAUCAUUCUCGUUUUCGUGUUUGGAAAGGUUUUUUUUUUAAUUAUUUUGGUACCAAAAAUAUUCAAAUUUAACAAGUAAUAUGUUCUCGUCUUUGUCUUGAAUUAUUAAUUUUGAUUCAAAAUUUCGAUAGUAAAAUAAGAUAAGAGCGAUAGUGCUGAACAGAGAUUAUUACAAAUAGCAUAUCUUCUUGGCGUAUUGUUUUAGAGCGGUAGAGUGUUGGCGUGUUUAGUAGCUAUAGUUUAUCGUACUCUUACAAAUACAAAACUCCUUAUACAUGCAA